GCUUGUCAAAUGACCUUUCCCAAUGCAACAUAAGCUAGAUAUUGCCGAGAUUUGCCAUUGCUUCCUGGUUGAGCAGCCGUUCCAUUUUGCUUCCUGGACAUGCUGAAUAAUGUUUAAUUUCUUCUUGUAACGUCGAAAAGGGGGAACGAGGUUCCGUUGUGCAGGAAUCCAGUGCUUUUUACUACAAAAUGCCGGAGCAGUCGAGGGGUUGUGGAUUGAUGAACUAGGCCUAGUGGAACAGCAACAUAUCUGUGUGUAACAUCUUCCCCCUGGCCCCGCGGCCGCGGCGACGUCGUACGGGAACGGAUUUUCACGAGAGCCUGUCCGGUCGACGUCUGGAGCGCAGCGUACACUCUCCCGGUACUCAGCUGGAGAGCAACUGCAACUGCGACAGUCUGCGUGUACUUUAUUGAAUCCAUGGCAUUUGCUGGUCUCGAUCAAGUUGGAGUAGAUCUACAUAGGCCUAAGUGCCGUUGAUCUGGAUCAUAUUCUGGGCCAUACUCUCCGUGGCCUUGCAAAUUGUGACAUCAGUACUGCCUUAAAUAGACCUUGGCUCUGUAUACUGAAAUUGGACAUUGUAGAUACUGAACGCGGUGGACCUGUGAUAUUCCCAGUAGCAGAUGAUUUUGUGUACUGUACAUAUUCUUUGCUGACCGCAUUUCAAAAUGGGGGAAAUAGUUAAAUACCGUGCGCUGCACGACUAUGAACCCAUGUCUGAUCAGGACAUUAUCAUGAAGACUGGAGACAUUUUGGUGGUUGAUAAUCCUCAGAGUUUGCCGUACUUCAAAGGCACGGUGGAAAAACCCGAGAGUUGGUUGGAAGGAAAGAAUGAAAGGACACAAGAGAAAGGCAGUUUCCCUGGAACUUAUGUGAGUCUUCACGAAAGGAAACCCAUUACUAUGUCUAAGAACUAUGAAGUGGUGGCUGGUCUGAAACCCAAGCCUCCCUCGCAUCAUGAGCCUGAUAGAACUGGAGGUGAAACCAAUGAGGGUUUAAUUAAUCAAGGCAUCGUCACUCCGGAGUUUUGUCAACACUGUCAAGAUUACAUAUGGGGCAGUGGUGCUAUAGCUGUCAGAUACCCCGAUUGUCGUAACCUUUUUCACAAGAUGUGCGCACCCUUCGUUGAGAAGUAUGAGAAAGAAUUCUUGCAACCAGGAGAGGAUCCUUACAGGGAAGAGUUUGUGGACUACUGGGGAGUCGAAGAUGUAUUAAAUUGGAUGGCAGUGACGAACAUGUAUCGGUAUGGGGAGCUUUUCAGAGCAAAAAACAUUGAUGGUGCUAAGUUAAUUUCACUCAGCGAAGAAUUCUUACAGUCAAUCAGUGUCCUUGAUAAGUUCCAUCAGCAGUGCAUCCUGAUAGCCCGUGAUGAGCUGUGCUGGGGAAAGUCCAAGACUAGGAGUGGUGGAAUGACGCCAUCCAGGAAUCAAGGAGAUGGUCUCGCCAUUUCACCAGAUUGUACCUAUCCAAAUAGUGAGCAUAGGUUAAAAGAAAGGACAUUCUCUACCAUGCAAUGGUGCGAUAAAUGUGGAAAGUUCAUGUUCGGUCUCGUUCAGCAAGGUCUGGAAUGUUCAAAUUGUGGAUGUAUCUUCCAUCGUACAUGUGCAGCUACUGGUCUUCCUAGAUGUGACCCGUCAGGGGUCAGGACGAGAAGAGAUAGUGCUAUACGUGCCAAUGUGUUCAGCCAAAGCCUUGCAGACCAGUUUGAUCCAUCUCAUUCUCACGCACCUCUCGUAGUCGUCAAGUGUGUGGAGGCCAUAGAAAGUAAAGGUGUUGGAGAGCGUGGUUUGUAUCGAGUGUCUUCUUCAACGUCGGCUGUGAACGAUAUCAAACGUAGCUUCAAUGAGAAUCCCGAUGCUGUCGAUCUGUCGCGUUAUACCGAUGUCCAUUGUAUCACGGGGGUACUCAAGAGGUAUCUGCGAGAACUGCCUAAUCCAGUCAUUCCAAUAGAAAUGUAUGACAGCCUCCUAACAGCACAUAGAACUGUCGACAAGCACGCCCGCAUUGCCACUUUGCUGGCCUGCGUGGAGAAGCUCCCCCUAGCACACCAUUCAACUCUGUACUACCUGAUGGCGCACUUCAAGCGGAUCACAACCCAGAUUCAAGCCUGGCAUCUGGCAGCAGUCUUCUGUCACAUCCUACUUAGACCACCUCAAAAUGAACUCAUAAAUGUCAUCCGGAACACGAAUGAUCACAAGGAGAUCGUUAACACGCUGAUCGAACACGGGAGAUGGGGAAACUCAUCGGACGAAGACGCACCAGAGCCUCCGCCAAGGAAGGGAGGUGGUGAUUAUAUCAGCACUAGUAGCAAUGACUAUCCCAAGUCACUCACCGAUGCUGAAUGGUACUGGGGAAGUAUAUCAAGGGAGGAGGUGAAUGAGAAGCUGAAGGAUAUGCCCGAUGGUACGUUUCUAGUACGAGACAGCAAGCAAGAGCCUGGCAAUUAUACUCUCACUCUCAGGCACGGUGGGAGCAACAAACUAAUCAAGAUUGUCCACAAGAAUCGGAUGUAUGGUUUCUCUGAGCCGCUAAGGUUUCACUCGGUGGUGGAGCUAAUCAACCAUUAUCAUCAUGUGUCUUUAGCACAAUAUAACAACAGACUGGAUGUGAGACUAACUUCUCCAAUCUCAAGGAGAGAACAGGAGGAUAUGCAAGACAAUGACAUUGGUAUUGUCAUACAACAACUCAAAGAUAAGAACAAGGAAUAUCAAGACAAGACCAAGCAGUACGAUGAACUUUAUGAACAGUACAACAAAUUGGCACAGGAGAUCAAGACAAAACGUCAAGCCCUGGAUGCAUUCAACGAGAUUGUGACGAUGUUAGAAGAACAACUUCAGGUACAUAAGAGCUACCACCAAGACUGCCAUCCUGCUGAAAAACAAAUGCUGCUACAGAACUUUGAAAGACUAGAAAAUCGUCAGCAGGAAGUGAAAGAUAGCAGGGAAAACUUGGAAGAACAGCUGAAGAGAGAGAUCGAGGAGAGCAGGGAGUGCGACCGGACUAUGAACAGCCUCAAACCUAAUAUCUUGGAUCUACGCAAUCUAAGAGAUCAGUAUGUUGUUUGGCUCGCAAGGAAAGGUGUAAGACAAGACAAGAUCAAUAGCUGGUUGGAAAGUCAAGACGGAACGGUUGUAACUGGAGAGAAAGAUGUGCAAUAUCAUAACAAUGAAUCUCUGUGGCUGCUACCGGAUACAACCAGAGCAAAGGCUGAACAGUUACUCUAUGGCAAGGCUAAAGGCACAUUCCUAAUACGUAGGACCCGAGAACAAAUCGAUUGGGCCUGUUCCAUUGUGGCAAAGGACCAAGGUGAAGUGUGCCACUGUAAGAUCAACUAUACAUCAACGGGCUACGGAUUCGCAGAGCCCUACAACCUGUACGCAUCUCUUCUGGAACUGGUCCUGGCCUAUCAACAGAUCAACUUGGCCCAGCAUAACGAGGAGCUGGACACUAUGUUAGAUUACCCCGUCUAUGGCCCCCAGCCACGAUAGAGCAGCGUACUAGGGCUUGUAUUCUGAAUUCAGGUCUAAUUUCAACUCUGGUUCAACUAUGGAUGGCCAAAAGUGACAAACCAUUAUUAGGGUCCCGUAAAACAAUGCUUAGCAAUCAUUGUAUAAUAUUUGAUUUACAAUUGAUUCCAUUGACUACAAUGUACAAUUAAUCGUAAAAAUCAAGCCUACGAUUAAUCGCUAACCUUUGUGUUACGGGACCCAGGAGAGUUACUGUCUAUCAGCAAAUUUGGCGCUCAUAUCGUUCAUAAUUGUCUGGGAAUGAUAAUUAAAUGUUUUUCACCAUGAAAUCAUUGGUUAACACAGUAAACAAAUGAAAUAUAUAUUGUAAACAGAGUGUUGACAUUUUCCGUUUCCCAUAUUAUCACAGACUUGGACCAUAUUGGCCCAAGUUGAAGUGGACUUCAGAAUAAGGGCAUAGGUCCCUGGGCUAGUAUUAACUCUGUCUGGCAAUGAAGUCUGUAUUUUUCCUCUAGAAUUCAAAUUCAUAUUGGACCUGAGUAAUUAUGUAAUUCUGUAUGGCAAUUAAGCCUGUAUUUUUCCUCUAGAAUUUAAACUCAAAUUGGACCCAAGUUAUUUACUUAGGAAGCAAAUGUCAAAGACUGUUUUUUACUGAGGUUCAUUUCAAUAGUAAAUUGCCAUUUGGUCUACACCCACUCUGUCUACUUUUCAUUUGGUCUAACUCCACACGGUCUAAUCCUAGUUUGUCUACCAACCAGUUUGUCAUCUUACCAUGUUGUUUAAAUGCCAUGUCGUCCAUUUAUUGUUUUGUCUAUUUUCCAAUUGCUAAUUUUGUGGUGGCAUCAUGGUUUGGUAUGUGGAGGCGUUGUGGUCUAGUGGUUAGGACUCUCGUCUUUCAAUCUGGGGGACGUGGGUUCCAUUCCCAGCCAUGGCGUGAUUUCCUUCCGCAAGAAAUUUACCCACAUUGUGCUGCACUCCACCCAGGUGAGGUGAAUGGAUACCCGGUAGGAAAAAAUUCCUCGAAUGCCAGAGCGCCUGUAGGCAGCACGGCAAUAGCCGGGUAAUAACAAUAAUAAUAUUAUUGUAAUGUGCAGUUGAGUAUAUACAUAUAAAAAUUGCGCAAUAUUAAUGUACUGUUAUUAUUAUUAUUAUCUAUUUUGUGUAAUGUAUCCACUUGAUCUAACAUCACUUGGCUGACAUGAUUAGAUGAAGUGUUAAAUAUCAAAAUUUUUCAUUUGACAAUGUGCAAAAGAGUAAGGGGACAAAGUGGAAACCAGGUGGGUGUUUCAUAAAGCUGUUAGUAAGUUAAGAGCGACUUUAAGAACGACCGGUGAUCCUUUCUAGUGGUAAACGGUACAUUCAUAGGCGAUGGUUCAGCGCGUGAGAAAGGAUCACCAGUCGUUUAUAAAGUCGCUCCCAACUUACGAACAGCUUUAUGAACGGCCCCCAGACCACAUGGGCAGUAGGCUAAAGGUUACUAAACAGUUAGCCAAAAUGAGUAGUUAGACCAAGUGACAAAUUGAUGGUAGACCAAGUUUGUUUUUGCCAUGAUGGUGUUGAAACAAUCCGAGAUUUGGACUAUCUGCUAGUAGACCAAUGGAACACAAAUCAUUUCAGUGGCACAUUCAUCCUCAAACUUUCAUGAACAAUGGUAUGAGUGUGGCACUUAUUUUUAUUGCAUUCUAAAAUAUUGAAUUAAGUACAUAUGCUAUUAUGCUGAAGUGUAAAAGAAAGUGUUAACUCUUUAUUUAUGUCCCUAGUAUUGAAUCAAAUACUGGCCCAGACGUACAUGUAGCAUCACAGUAUGGAUCGAAUAUAUGUUUUAUGUUUAUUAUCAUUGAAUGAAAAUUCUAUUUGUACAAAAUUUGUAAUGAAUUGCAUUUGUACAUUUAAUCAUGCAAUUAUCAGAGAUAUAUUGUUGAAAGAUAUUUUUUGAGUAUAGAAACAAAAUAUUGCUAUCAUCGGUCGAUGUACAUGCUGUACAAAUGAGUCAAAUUGAAGUCUAUUUUAUUUUCUCGAUGCUCUCCAAAUACGUGUUUGUUGUUUGAGGAGCCCAUAAGCUGCAACUCUGAUGUUUUCUUCAAUGGUUUCAUUGCAUCUGGAAUGUAUAGAGGGCAGGGAUGACCAGGAUUGUGUAUUAUAUUAUAUGAAAUGUUGAUAUGGAUGCUAAUCAAACGAUUGGCUGAAAUCUGUCACAUGACCAGUCAUUUAUUUCAGCUAUCAGUCAAAUCUGCUAUUGACUGGUACAAAUGACUUGUUCUAUUAACCGCCCGGUCAUGGUUUUGAGAUGAGGAUGGUAUAGCAAAUAAUAACAUCCCACAUCACUAUCUUAUAAAACAUUUAAAGGAAAAUGAACCUUUGGAACAAGAUAGCUUGCGUGAAAACUGAUAAAUCAAAGAAGCAGAUCAACAAAAAUUUUGAGAAAAAAUGAAUAAAUAAUAAGUUAUAAACAUUUGAAGAUAAGAUCAUUAUUGUACCGUAGAUCCUCCCACUGGCAAUGUGACAAUUAUGUGUGAUGUCACAUGUGAAUAAUUUCCCCAUUACUUUUGUAUAUACUUAAACUGCCUCUUUUAUCACAUCUGUCGGUAGAUCAUGUACUCUUUCUACAGGAGGGCAUGUAAUGCAGAUUUUUAAAAUAUACAUUAUGGAUUAAGAGUUUGUAUCACUGUAAGAAAGAGCAAAAAGAGACUUUUGGGGUAUUUUAUAGUCCAUCAAAUGGAAUGGGAGGAUCUCUAUAGCAUUAGUGAUCGCAAUAUUAAAAUGCUCAUAACUUUCUCAUUAUUUGUCCAAACAUUCUUUGAUCUUAUUCUUUGUUUUUUCAGUUUCCACACAAGCUAACUUGUUCCAAGGGUUACAUUCCCCUUUACAUGUAAUACACAUUAUUUUGCUCGGGUAUUAGAAUUACCCACACUCGUUGCCUUUUAAACAGUCUUAACCCCCUUGGCUGUGCCUCAGGCAUGUUUCAAACGUACCUUGUGCGGGUAGUUCUUACUAAUGCCCUCAUUGAUUUGUUUAUUUGAUAUUAUAGAUCGUGGAGACAAUGACUUCAGUUACCUGUUAUGUGAUGUAUUCUGUUCUUCCUUUUUUGUAAUUUUUUUCCGGUUUUGUUUUAUUUGCCUUUCAUCGUGGUGAACUCACAAUCCAAAGUGCCCUGAAGCAAGAUGGACUUAAUCUUGAUAGAGAUGGUUGGGUCUAGCGUUACUAAGGGACAAUUUCGCACUGUUUUCAAAGUCUUAUUAGACUGAUAUCACACUUACAUAUUCACAAUAUUGUGGUCUUUGAUUGAAAAUGUCCAUCAUGGGUAGAUCAAGUAACAUGUUCUUGCUGGGUAGUUUAAGCACUCUUGAUAUUGUUUCCAUCAUUUCCCCCCAAAAUUUAAUGUUCUAUCUUUUCCAAUAUAUUUGUUGCUUCUGUGGCUAAUAUGAUAACCAACAUAUCCGUACCAUCUACAUUAAUCCUGAUGGCAUGACCAAAUUUGCCUUGAAUAAAAGGAGUUUGCAGUAAUCUAAAGUUAAUUUAGAAAUGACCCAAUAUCAACAUUUUCUAAUUGACUUUUGUCUAAUGUUGGCUUUCAAGGGUACACAAUGUCAAUUAUAUGUGUAAUCUGAUCAAAGAUGUAUACUACACGUACAUGUAAGUCUUUAAAAUCAAGACAUCUUUAGUGCAGCUGUAUUUCUCUUCUCGUAAAAUAUUUACUUAUGUAGAUUAUUUUAUAGAUAUUACUCGCUUCCUUCUGUUUUUGGUUAGUUCUUGGUUUUCCUUGAAAGAUGAUUUUAAUGAGCUUCAUUUUACUGCAAGUGUGUUGGGAAUAGCAUCCAUGUAGCAGUACAUCAUACAUGUACUUGUUUGGACAGUGACUUCUCUUUUCCAUUGUUUCAUUUUUUUUUUGGGGGGGCGGGGUGAUGGGGAUAGUCUCAUGGUUAAAUAAAAUGGAAAAUAUAAGAUUAAAGAAGAUUUGAAUGAAGUUAUUUACACAAAGGGUAGAAAUCAUUAAAAAGAAAUAGUUGAUUUGAGGUUUGAUGUUAUUCAUUCACUAAAAGUGAAUUUGAAACAUUAGUUUAAAGUUAUGUGUACUAUUGGUCACCUAAUACCCUGUCUCAUUUGUAUUUUUCAUAAGUGAACUGUUGUAAGUUGCCUCUUUCUUUUACCCUCUUGGCUUUUAUCUUUAAGUACAUGUAUACAUAAACUUAAAAUGUAAAAAGGAAGAGAUAGUCUUGCUAUAAAUCCUUUUCUAUGCUUAGACUAAUAGAUUUAUAAUUCAAAUGCCUAUGGUAUCCAUCUGCAGUAUAUACAUGUAUCAAUGUAAACGAUAUUCUUAUGCCCGAUAUUAUCUUCUUGUGUGCUCUUUUGGUAAUGCUGGCUCAACCAGUCUACAACAAUUUGGAUAUCAAUUAGGUUAUAUGAUUUAAAAUAGUAUUGCUUGAUAUGCAAGGAGUAAAAGGGCAGGAAUGAGGAAUAUCUGAGAAAAGGCAUUGUGUAUAUUUUGAUUGAGGUACUAAAAAUUCAC